AUAUAAAAAAGUGUGGCGAGACCAGCAGUGAGCAGGACAUUGUCAGUGUGAGCUGCGAUUUUGUGGUUUUGAAGUGCUGCGUUUGGGUCUGUUGGUUUGGAUUAGUCGUAGUGUGCUUGUUCGGUUGCAUUUUACAAAUUUAAAAAAUACACUACAUACGCAUUUAAUAUUACUUAAAGCAGGAAUCGAAUAUUUUGUGUUGUAUGUUGUAAGUGUAUAGAACUUUGUAGAAAAUGUUUUAUCUCAAAUCCAUAACGAAAAGUUUAGUCCCUCUGAAGCACAGUUCACAAUUGGAUGUGAACACAUUCCUGAAAGUGUGUUCUACAGCCGUCCAACUACGAAAUUCGAGAUCAUAUGCAGAUCAUCAGAUCCCCGAAAGAUUGAAAGAUGUUCCCGAUGCGGCGAAUCCACGAUUUUUUGACAUGGUGGAGUAUUUUUUCCACCGUGCAUGUCAAAUAGCUGAAGACAAAUUGGUUGAAGACAUGAAGGUUCACAAGAUGUCAGUGGAGGAGAGAAAGAAAAAAGUUAAAGGAAUUUUGAUGUUGAUGCAGGGUUGUGAUCAUAUAAUCGAAGUAUCGUUUCCUGUAAGGCGAGAUAAUGGAGACUAUCAGAUGAUUACAGGAUAUCGGGCACAGCAUAGCACACAUAGGACACCCUGCAAAGGAGGAAUUCGGUUUUCUGAAGACGUAACCCGAGAUGAGGUGAAAGCCUUGUCAGCCCUGAUGACCUUCAAGUGUGCCUGUGUUGAUGUCCCAUUUGGUGGCGGAAAAGCCGGUCUCAAACUCAACCCUAAAGAAUACAGUGAACAUGAACUGGAAAAAAUUACCAGAAGGUUCACUCUUGAGUUGGCAAAGAAAGGAUUUAUUGGACCUGGAGUCGAUGUCCCUGCCCCAGACAUGGGCACAGGAGAGCGUGAAAUGUCGUGGAUCGCUGAUACUUACGCUAAGACAAUUGGUCACCUGGAUAUAAAUGCCCACGCUUGUGUAACGGGCAAACCUAUCAAUCAGGGCGGUAUCCACGGACGUAUCUCUGCAACUGGUCGAGGCGUUUUCCACGGACUUGAGAAUUUCAUCAUGGAAGCUAACUAUAUGAGCAUGAUUGGCACUACUCCUGGUUGGGGCGGCAAAACUUUCAUUGUUCAGGGAUUUGGCAAUGUAGGGCUCCACACUAUGAGGUAUCUUCACCGCGCCGGAGCUGUGUGCAUAGGAGUCAUUGAAAGAGAAGGUUCCAUAUUCAAUAAGGAGGGACUUGACCCAAAGCAACUAGAGGACUACCGUAAUGACACGGGAAGUAUCGUUGGCUUCCCCGGAGCAAGUGCAUAUGAAGGCGAAAACAUGAUGUUUGAACCUUGCGACAUUUUUGUUCCUGCUGCUAUUGAGAAAGUGAUUAACAAGGAAAAUGCGCACCGUAUACAAGCAAAGAUUAUUGCGGAGGCAGCUAAUGGUCCAACUACUCCGGCUGCUGAUAAAAUUCUUAUCGAUCGUAAUAUUCUUGUCAUUCCUGAUCUGUACAUAAAUGCUGGUGGUGUCACAGUGUCAUUCUUUGAGUGGCUCAAGAACCUCAAUCACGUGUCAUACGGUCGCUUAACAUUUAAGUAUGAGAGAGAGUCGAAUUAUCAUUUGCUUGAAUCUGUACAGGAAUCACUGGAGCGAAGGUUUGGACGCGUUGGGGGUCGGAUUCCUGUAACCCCCUCUGAAGCAUUCCAGAAAAGAAUCUCUGGUGCAUCAGAGAAAGAUAUUGUGCAUUCAGGUCUAGACUACACAAUGGAACGCUCUGCAAGGGCCAUCAUGAAGACUGCAAUGAAAUUCAAUCUUGGACUAGAUUUGAGAACCGCAGCUUACGUGAAUUCUAUCGAGAAGAUCUUCACAACGUACAAAGAAGCAGGAUUAGCUUUCUAAAUACAUCAGUCCAUUAUAUCAUGUUAAGAACUAAUUUCUUUUACCAUAUUUAGCAAAAUCAAACAUUAAAUUUUUGUAAUGAUAAUUCAAUAAUUUAUUUUGUUUCAUUUUGAUGAUUCUCGUGCUUCAGGCUGCUGUCUUGUCGUCUAUUUUCCUUUUUUCUUACGAUAAUUUUGUGAAUGGUAUUUGGACAUUGAAAUGUUUAACUCACGAAUUAUGCCGAGUACUUUAAUUAUUGAAGAGGUUGGUUGGAAAAAUUGUUUCCUUGUUUUGAUAAAUAUGGUAAAUUAUUUUCAGCUGUAGAAUGAAAUAAUAUUUAAGCCUAGAUCCCAUUGAAGUACAUACAUUACUGUAGUGUCAGUAGAAUGUUGUCUGCUUCUUACUUAACUUUAAAAACAAUAUUAAUGUUUUAUGUGGUCUACUGUAUGUAAUGAUUUGAUUUAUGUUAAUUACAUAUAACAGUUUUGUUGUACAUUUAAGAUAUUGUAUGGAAGCUGUUGCUCUAAUUGUUCGACAGUACUUUGUGAUUUAUAAUUUGGAUAUUACUUACAAUAAUUUAUAUUUGUUGCAGUAAUCUACUUAAAUAAUCAUGUGUAAUUUAUAUGUUGACUCAGAAUAUCUGUAGUGUUUUUCUUGUAUUCAAAGAUAUCGUGGCAGCGAAGUCUGUCUCUUGGUGCAGUGAUCAGCAGCAAAUUUUGUGUUUUGAAAAAUUAGCAUAAUUCAUAUCAUAUUAUAAUCCAUUUCAAAACAUUUAACUACCAUUGUAUGUUAUAGAAACUGCCAGGUUAAUACAAUGAACUAUGUUAUAUACGUGCAUUUUCCUGAUUUUGAAAAUUUACAAUGAAGGAUAAUCAUACAGUAUUUCCUUUUUUGAUUAAUUAUAUGGUCGUGAAAAAAAUGUACAAUUUUAAAUUUUGUGUUUCCGGUGCUUUGAAAGCAGUUCCAUUAAAUUUUAUGGUUUGCAUGCCGUGGCUCAAGCGCGAUUCAGUUGGCCAUGUGUCAAACUAGCAUAGCUCUGAACUAUUAGCUCGCGAGUUAAACGUCCGGCUUGCAGCCCCAUAGUACAGGGGUUUAAAUACUUUAAUCCUGUAUGACGAAUGUUAAUUAUGCUUCACAUCAUUUCGACAUGUAUUCCUUGUGACUGGAGAAUGUAAUGUAGAAUAUU